UCUCACUUUCUCACACUCAUAGGCCACAGAGUUCCACCAGAAACCACCGCUCUCAACCGUCGAUGGAGGUGGCCACCGCAGCUUCCAGCUUCGCGCUUCACACGCGCAUCUCAGCCGCUCCCCGAGCCCUAAACCCUAACCGCGUCCAAACGAUGUCGUCUUGCUCUCCUCUCCGAGCCUCCCUCUCCUCCAACUUCCUCUCGCCCUUCGCCGGCGGCAGCGUCACCUCCGACUUCUCCGGCCACAAGCUCCGCCCUUCCUCUCUCAAUCCGGUGUCGUCUCGUGGCUCUAAGCCCAAACGCGGUGUCGUCACCAUGGUUAUUCCAUUUCAAAGGGGAAGUGCAUGGGAGCAACCACCUCCAGACCUGGCAUCAUAUCUAUACAAGAAUCGAAUUGUUUACUUGGGAAUGUCGCUUGUUCCUUCAGUAACAGAGUUGAUUCUUGCAGAAUUUCUCUACCUUCAGUAUGAGGACGAUACAAAGCCUAUCUACUUGUACAUAAAUUCCACUGGAACUACCAAGGGUGGUGAGAAAUUGGGUUACGAGACAGAGGCUCUUGCAAUAUAUGAUGUCAUGAGGUAUGUCAAGCCACCAAUAUUUACUCUUUGUGUUGGUAAUGCUUGGGGAGAAGCCGCUUUACUCUUGGCUGCUGGUGCAAAGGGAAACCGUUCUGCGUUACCCUCAUCAACAAUCAUGAUAAAGCAGCCAAUUGCAAGGUUCCAAGGUCAAGCAACAGAUAUUGAACUUGCAAGAAAAGAAGUGAAGAAUGUGAAAGAUGAGUUGGUCAAGCUCUUUGCUAAGCAUGUUGGAAAAUCGACUGAGCAAAUUGAAGCGGACAUUAGACGUCCAAAAUAUUUUAGUCCCAGCGAGGCAGUUGAAUAUGGCAUCAUAGACAAGGUACUGUACAAUGAGAGGGGUCAUAAAGACAGGGGAGUAGUUGCUGACCUGAAAAAGGCACAGCUUAUUUGAUGAAAGGAAGACUUGGAAUGAUUACUGGAAUUAACACUCAGAUGCAAGUUUAUGAGAUGACUGGCUUCUUCAGUACUGGAGCAAGAGUUUGCACCAUUCACAAAAAAACCAGUGUUAAAGCCGCAAGUGGUACACAAAAGUGCAGCAAAGGAAGUCCAUUAUAUAUGCCUUGACUUGUAUGAUUCCCAAAGAAUUUUGAUUGUUUUCUGGGUUUGGUUGAAUCUUACAUGCACUAGAACUAGGCUUAUGUGUAAAAACCGUUGAAAAGAAAUUAUGUUGUAUUCAGCUUACAGUAUUUGUUAUUAUAUUAUACAAAACUAAUUUU